AUGGUCCUGUCUCCCACCUCCUCUCAUGCCUCCUCACCCACCUCUCCCACCUCUCCCACCUCUACUCCUGCUUCCUACCUCACCUCCUUCCCCACCUCCUCUCCCACCUCUGCUGCUCACCUGCUCCCCGAUCACACUCGCGUCAUCCUGCGAACAGCCCAUUCCCACUCUGCCCGCCCUUCCUCUAAAUCACGCCAGUCCGCCAUGGCCAAGGGUUACGUCGCAUCCGCGAAGGCGUGGUUGGCGGCGCAGGUCAACGAUGAAGAGCGCCUCGCCGCCAAUCUGCGGCUGCUGAAGGCCGUGGCGGCGGUCGGAGGGGCCAUCUUUCUCAUGCGCAACUUCGGCGAUGCCAUGGCCAUCUAG